CUAAGUAUAAGCCCAAACUGUUUCGUAAAGCAUUGGUGUACUGCAGCGGCAGAGGGCGCAGUGAGCGCGAGCAGUAGGCGGGAUCUGGCUUCCUGCAGCAAUAAGAAAAAGGAUCGUGGAGAAGGCGCAUAUCGGGCGCCUGCAGCCGUCUUGUGUUAUCCGUCUUACGGGAGAAAGCGCCUCAUGACGGGACCUCCAUGCUGACUGACCGCAGGACAUGGGAGUCCUCGAAAUCACUGACCAGCAUCCACUGGUCCAAGCAAUAUUCAAUCGCAACCUAGAAGAAGUACAAUUACUGUUGAGCCAAAAGGAAAAUGUCAACGUUUUGGACCAAGAGAGACGCACUCCCCUGCAUGCUGCUGCCUACUUAGGUGACAUCCCUGUUAUGGAACUAUUAAUACAGUCAGGUGCUAAUGUUAAUGCAAAAGAUUCAAUCUGGCUUACACCUUUGCACCGAGCCGUAGCUGCACGCAAUGAGAGGGCAGUCUCUCUUCUUGUGAAGCACUCUGCCGACGUCAAUGCUCGGGACAAGAACUGGCAAACUCCACUACAUGCUGCAGCUGCUAACAGAGCAACUAAAUGUGCAGAAACAUUAAUGGGAGCGGUGAAAAAUGUCAAUAUAGCAGAUCGGACAGGGCGUACUGUACUUCACCAUGCUGUGCUCAGUGGCAGCGUAGAGAUUGUUGUAAUGCUUUUAAACAGAAGGGCACACCACAGUAUCUGUGAUAAGAAGGAGCGGCACCCUAUUAUGUAUGCAUCUUACCUUGGACACCUGGAGAUUACCAAGCUGCUUAUAUCUCGGGGAGCUGAUGCAAUGUCAAAGGAUAAGAACGGUUAUACACCUCUUCAUGCAGCUGCUUCCAGUGGAAGGAUAGACAUUAUGAAGUAUUUGUUAAAACUUGGUGUGGAGAUUGAUGAACCCAAUUGCUUUGGAAACACUGCCCUUCACAUAGCCUGUUACAUGGGUCAGGAUGCUGUGGCUAAUGAACUUGUCAACUAUGGCUCCAAUGUCAACCAGCCCAAUGAGAAAGGCUUCACCCCUUUGCACUUUGCUGCUGUUUCCACAAAUGGGGCAUUGUGCCUGGAGCUGCUAGUCAACAACGGAGCUGAUGUCAAUUACCAGAGUAAAGAAGGGAAGAGCCCGUUACAUAUGGCUGCCAUACAUGGAAGAUUUACUCGCUCCCAAAUCUUAAUUCAAAAUGGUGGUGAAAUUGACUGUGCUGAUAAAUAUGGCAAUACUCCUCUGCAUGUUGCUGCUAGAUAUGGGCAUGAGCUGCUAAUAAGUACAUUGAUGACAAAUGGUGCUGAUACUGCAAGACGUGGUGUUCAUGGCAUGUUUCCCCUGCACUUAGCUGUUCUGUUCGGGUUCUCAGACUGUUGCCGAAAGCUACUUUCCUCAGGUCAGUUGUACAGCAUAGUGGCCUCAUUGAGCAACGAACAUGUGCUGUCUGCCGGCUUUGAUAUCAACACACCUGACAACCUCGGGAGGACCUGCCUCCACGCUGCUGCUUCAGGAGGAAAUGUUGAAUGUCUUAAUUUGCUGGCUAGCAGUGGUGCUGAUCUGAUGAGACGAGAUAAAUUUGGAAGGACACCGCUGCAUUAUGCUGCUGCCAAUGGCAGCUACCAGUGCACAGUGACUCUGGUCACUGCUGGAGCCAGUGUUAAUGUGGCAGACUUCAAAGGCUGCACUCCCUUACACUAUGCUGCUGCUUCAGAUACCUAUAGGAGGGUUCCCCAAACUGGCUUUAAGUCUACAAACCAGACAGAGCAGUCAAGAACGAUGGACUCCAAUACUGGGAAAGGCCAGGAGUCUGAGGAAGAGGAUGAGAAAGCUUCGCUAGAAAAAGAGGCUUUCUUUGCCUUAGAAUUUCUGCUGGAUAACAAUGCCGACCCUUCCCUUCGAGAUAAACAGGGUUAUGCUGCUGUUCACUAUGCAGCUGCAUUUGGCAACAGACAGAACUUGGAACUACUCCUAGAGAUGUCAUUUAACUGCCUGGAGGAUGUGGAAAGCACUGUACCGGUUAGCCCUUUGCACUUAGCAGCCUACAAUGGUCACUGCGAUGCCCUGAAGACUCUAGCGGAGACGCUGGUAAAUCUGGACGUUCGUGAUCACAAAGGCCGCACUGCGCUUUACCUCGCCACGGAAAGGGGUUUUACAGAGUGUGUGGAGGUUCUGAUGAGCCAUGGGGCCUCUCCUCUCAUAAAGGACCGCAAGAAGAAAUGGACACCAUUACAUGUAGCAGCUGCCUCUGGAAACACUGAUGUUCUUCACCUGCUGAUUGAUAGCAGUGAGAGACCGGACAUUACUGAUGUAACAGAUUCACAUGGGCAAACCCCUCUCAUGCUUGCUGUGAUGAAUGGACAUGUUGACUGUGUUCACCUGCUGCUGGAGAAAGGAGCCACUGUAGAUGCUGGAGAUAAGAGAGGAAGAACCACACUACACAGAGCGUCAGUAACUGGUUGUGAAGACUGUGUGGGAGCUCUGCUGGACCAUGAUGCCUUUGUGCUGUGUCGGGAUUACAAGGGACGCACACCUAUUCACUUUGCUUCAGCUUGUGGGCAUGCAACACUGGUGCAUGUGUACUUGCAGGCUGCACUCUCUACAGACCCACUGGAUGCAGUGGUGGAUUACAACGGAUACACUCCCAUGCACUGGGCUGCUUACAAUGGGCACGAAGAUUGUUUGGAAUUGUUACUUGAACACAACCCAUAUGCUUACCUCGAAGGAAACCCUUUCACCCCUUUGCACUGUGCAGUAAUUAACAGCCAAGACGGUACGGCUGAGAUGCUUAUAACAGCAUUGAGUGCCAAGAUUGUGAAUAGCAGAGAUGCCAAAGGAAGGACUCCUCUUCAUGCUGCAGCCUUUGCUGACAACAUGAAUGGUUUACAACUACUGCUGCACCACCAAGCGGAGGUUGAUGCCGUUGACCAGGCAGGUCGGACACCACUGAUGAUAGCAGCGGAAAGCGGGAGAACUGCAGCAGUUGAGUUCCUGCUGUUUCACAUGAAAGCAGAUUUAACUGUGAUGGACGGAAACAAGAACACUGCUCUUCACCUAGCCUGCAGCAAGGGUCAUGAAAAGUGUGCCUUGCUGCUUCUAGGGGAGACCCAGGACACUGGCCUUAUCAAUGCAACAAAUAGCAUGCUGCAAAUGCCGCUCCACAUUGCUGCCCGAAAUGGGCUUGCAUCUGUUGUCCAAGCUUUGCUUACCAGAGGAGCUACGGUUUUGGCUGUGGAUGAGGAAGGUGCAGGUCACACCCCAGCCUUGGCCUGUGCUCCCAACAAAGAUGUAGCAGAUUGCUUGGCACUUAUCCUAUCCACCAUGAAGCCUUUCCCACCAAAAGACGCCAUCCUACCCUUCAGCUUCAAUCUCCUGAACAACUGCGGUAUUGCUGCCAAGACUGCCCUCCCUAACGGUGGCAGCUGUCCCUACACCAAGGAUCGGCAUAGUUCCAUUGCCAUGGAUGGCUGCUACUCUGAGUAGCUUCUCCCGCCUUGCGGGUUACCCAAAACCUUACUAUAAUUUAUUUAGGUUAAUAUGUAUAGGGCACUUUAAAGGAGAACAAGACACAUCAUUUUGCAGAGGUAUUAACUGUGCCUGGGCUUUCUUCCUAUGUUCACCUGCUCUCUUGAGCUGUCCUGGCUUGCACUGAAGCUUAUUUAGUAUUGUACCUUCUUUGUAUUUAGGAAGGGGCCCAGGUCAGGCAGAAUGGAGUUUGCAUAUGGGGUACGAUUUUAAUGUGUGGUUCUAUAAUCGGCUAUCAUUGCUUCCUCCCCAUUUUUUGGUAUAAAGCUAAAAGGAAGCCUUCUGUAUUGGUCUUUUAAAGGUUCACCCUGUGCAAUUUGUCUUUGCUGCUGUAAGAUCCUGGAAGCCAUUAUACAGUUGAAGGGUCACCAGGCCUUAAUAUGUGUUUCAAGGGCAUCUUAAGAUUUUUCUAUGGGAUUACAGGAUUAAGUGGCACCUUAUGUUUGAGUUCAAGUCACUAGGUCAGUAGCACCCUUUACCUUAUGUCAUAACCCUUUUAAAGCUGUUGCUAGAUGCUCCUCUUGCCUAAUGCCUAGCAAAAGCUGGGCACCACAAAAUUGCUUGCUUUUCUCUUUAUGCAAAUGAGGUGCUGCACUUAGCCAGCUAAUGGACCCCCAGGUGACAUUCCCACUAUGCACUGCUGCAAAAUCCCCCCUCCCAGGUAGGCACUUUAGUGAUCCUCUGUUCUAGUGCUUUACUCCUUUUCUGGUCUUCCCAUCAUCUGACUACACUAGAGGUUGUUCUAUCUGCCGUGUCAUCAGUAUUUGAAUUAUUUAUACUAAUCUUUUAAUCUUAUAUGAGACUGUAGUAUUUAUUUGCAGUCUGCAAACCUAGCUUGUUUAGGCUGCAGAUUUAUGUUCCUUCUGUUCUUUCUCAGAUGCCUAUUUUUUUUUUUUUUUUGCAGUCUAUUCAGAUAAUUUGGCACUUGAAUAACUCUUUUAACCAGAAGUGAUGUUCUGUUAGGCGUGUCAGUUUUGCGUAUGAGGUUAUAUAUUGGUAGAUGUUUACUUGAGCUUAUAUAAGUGUUUUGCAUUUGUUUUAUUAUCAGAAUGUAAGAACGGUGCUUUUUUUUUUUUUUUUGCUUUUUUAUUUUUUUAUUUUAUUCUUGAUAAUCUUUGUAUUUUAAUCAUGCAGGUUAUUUUUCUAUCCAUAGAUGAAAUAUUAGACCUCAUCCAAACCAUUGUCCUGUAUAAUGCAAUAAGACAAGGCAGAGUUUAGUGUCUGCAGGUUUCCAUGACUGUUACAAAGUUUGUUGGAAACAUGGCAUUAGCUAAUAUAUACUUUUAUUUUAUUUUUCUUGUCCCAUUGUACACAUCAAAUUGUCACUUGGUACAUAUUUUAUCAGUUUAUUUAUAUAUAUAUAUAUAUAUAUAUAUAUAUAUAUAUAUAUAUAUAUAUUAAAUCAGUUGUUUGCCAAAUUUGGCAAAAGGGAUCAAUUGCUAAUAGGAGAAAAAUACAGGUGCUAUUAAUUUUAUAGGUGUGGGGUUGGGGUUGUUUUUUUUUUUUUCUUUGACCUUUUACUUUUUUUCUGGUCUAGAAUUAUUUUGGAAGGCAUUUUAUUUUUGCACGUCCUACUGCAUUUCACCAGCAAAAACAAUUCAGGGGAAAAGUUAUCAGGAAGAACUAUAUUUGGGUAUUUCACAGAUGAGCCCAGAGAAAAGGGGUAAAGGGAUGUAUAGGAUAUCCCAGGACAGUGUUGAGGGAAGUGUUGGACGUUCAUCUGUGUGAUCUAGAGUAUAUUGACUCAGCACGGGCAGUCUGUUACAUUUCAAAGGUGAUCAGCUUAAGGGUCCUAUUAGAUCAGUGGUCUCAAACUGUGACCAUCCAGA